AUGAUGGAUAAUGUUUCAGUAGUUUCCAUGUUCACUCUGUCGGGGUUGAGUGGCACAGCGCGCUACAGUGUCACCCUCUUCAUCCUCACUUUGAUGUGUUACUGUGUGAUCUGGCUGGUAAACGUGACCAUCAUCGUGACCAUCAUCAUAGAUAAAAACCUUCACGAGCCCAUGUACAUCUUCCUCUGUAAUCUGUGCAUUAACGGACUGUAUGGGACUGCAGGCUUUUAUCCAAAGUUCCUCAUCGACCUCCUGUCUAACUCUCAUGUCAUCUCUUACAGUGGAUGCCUCCUGCAAGGUUUUGUGUUGCACACUUCAGCCAGUGCAGAUUUCUCUAUUCUCUUAUUAAAGGGACUCUCACCUUUGUUGCAUUUUUACACUUUUUUUGGAUAAGGUUAAAUUGGUAUUAAUAAGAUCUUGGUGGGCACUAUAACAACAGCAAUAACCAAAAUAUGCGGCUCACAUAUUCCGAAAAUCUACUGUAUUAAUUAUUUGGUGAAUAGACUUGCUUGUACUCCUCCAUUAGCAAGUGCCAUUAUUCCAGCUUUUAAUUACACUGUUUGUUUAAUCUAUGUAGUCUUAAUUUUCUGGUCUUAUUUGUAUCUGAUCAAAAAUUGCCUUCACUCCGGUGAGAACAGAAGCAAGUUCAUGCAAACCUGUCUGCCGCAUUUACUAUGUUUGAAUACCUUAGUCAUUAGUAUUCUUUUUGAUUUGAUGUACGUGAGAUUUGGCACGAGUACGAUACCGCAAAGUUUCAAGAAUUUUAUUGCAAUAGAAUUCCUGGUCGUUCCUCCGAUCCUCAAUCCCCUCAUAUACGGUCUCAAACUGACGCAAAUAAGAAAUAGAAUCAUGCAGUUUUUUUUCAGGAAGAACUGA